GCAGAGACAACAGAAGUCAUUUGUCAUUUGUCUCAUCAGCAACAUGAAGCUGGUGAGAUGUAUUUUGAUCAUCCACGUGGGCUAUAUUUGUCAAGCUUUUCAGAAUUCAUCCAGUCAAACAAACCCAACUGAGUUACCCCCGACAACAAAUGGAAAUACAUCAGAGCUACAGGAUGACUCCGACAGUGACCCUUACAUUCAUCCUCUCUCUGGUAAAUGUAACUGGACGCUCAGGAUGUCUGUGAACGGCAGCUCUGAAGUCGUACCACUGAGAGCAGAACAAAUCCGUACCAUAUCGGAACAGAUCUGUCAGGACCUGGACUGUGGAAGCCUCUAUUACGUGAACUUGAGUGACUCGGCUCCAAAUACAACCUGCUUUCAGGACUGUUUUUACCACCACGGUCGUCUGCAGAACUGUUUACAGAGGAGGGGCGACUGCGCUGUGAUCACUAACGCCGUCUGUGGUGACCACGUUGUCCGUCUGUCCGGAGGUCCAGACCGAUGCGCUGGACGGGUGGAGGUGUGGCGUGGCAGUCAGUGGGGCACCGUGUGUGAUGACCAGUGGGACAUGAAGGACGCUGACGUGGUGUGUCGACAGAUGGGCUGUGGUUACGCCCUCAGUGUGAGCGGACAGGGUGGGUCCUUCCCCCCGGGCAGAGGACCGGUCCACCUGGAUGAGCUGAACUGCACCGGGACGGAGGACAACCUGUGGAGCUGUCCGUCCACUCAGGAUCAGUCCGACUGUGGACACAAGGAGGACGCCGGCGUGGUGUGUUCAGAGAUGAGGGCGCUCAGACUGACUGGAGGUCUGGACCGCUGCUCCGGUAAAGUGGAGAUCCAUCGUAACGGCAGCUGGGGGACGGUGUGCGAUAACUGCUGGAACACAGACCUGGCCUCCAUGGUUUGUUCCAUGUUACAGUGUGGUUCAACACAUGCCAAGUUCAGCCAGUUCGACCCUCCCCUCACACACAACAAGGGGGCGCUUUACUACUACUAUCAGUGUCGAGGCGCCCGUACCCUGUGGGACUGCAAAGAGCGCAUCGAGUUCAUCAACACGUUGCAUGCGUGUCAGUCCUCUAAAGCGUCUGGUGUCAUCUGUAACAGUUCCCUUGGGUUGCAAACACUCACAACUACUAAUGCAACUGUUGUAAUAAACACAGUCACAGUCCGAGGUUCGACCAUCCCCGGCUCUGGUGUGAGAUUCCGUUUGCGUGCAGAGCUGCUCAUCUUCAUCUGUCUGACUCUUCUGCUGCUUGUGUUUCUGAUCAUGAACACAGUGCUCUGCUGCCUCUACAGAAGAAGACACGCUUUUUUAGUGAAGCAGACAAACUACCGGCGUUCACAACCUCCUGAACAACAACAACAACAUCAUAAAAACAGCUAUGAAGACGCCGUCGAUCUCAUCAAAGUCACCGCCAUCCCGGCUGAAGCGGACGUCCCAUCCAACCCCAGGCCUCUUUGGACCCAGCUUAGUAGUGUUGACAGCACAUCAGUAGAUACAGACUAUGAGCAGUAUGAGCCAAGCAGUGGUCCGUCUGCCGCUUUAUCAACCUUUCGGAAUUCUCAGAGAUACAGAACAGACCCUUUCAUGGGACCUCCGGGUCUAGACAGUCUCUCUGAAGAAGCUCUUGACCCGAGAAACAGAGUGACCCUUCGCUCUAACGGCUGCGCUGUGCAAGACGACUACGCCCGAGUGUCAAAGAUCUCGGUCGACUCCUUUGACUCGUCCAGCACCUCGUCAGGCGAAGACUACGAAAACACAAGAAACCACGAAGUCACUGCUGAACCACUCCAGUCACAUAUUGUAGGAAAACCUUCAGCGUUUUCCUACAAUGACUAUCAGCCUUAUCCUGCACAAACAACAAACCAACAACAACCAGAUGGUGAAGAUGAAGGUGCCAUUUACUCCCCUGUCAGCCCUGACUGCGACUCUUCGACUGAGGAUGACUAUGACGACAUCGACGCCUAAAAACAAACACGAACACAAUACAAUUAUAUACAAUAAAAUACCAGGAAUAACCAUAUCUGUGCAAAUGAAACUGACUGAAACCACAAAUCAAACUAGUAACGUGAGAAAACAUAAAUGGAAAGUGAAUGUAUUUGCAUAUUUUAAGACCUGAAUGUGUAUUUUUUCUGUUUUUUUACUAUGAUGAGCUAUGAUCAAACUACUGACUCCUACCUGUGAACCCAAACAUUAUACUUUUUAUUAUAUUAUUAUGAUUAUAUUAUUACAUUAUACUAUUGUUCAGAUCUUCUGAGAUGUUUUUUCUGACAGAUUUAGAAGUGGCUGCAGAGGUUAUUUCCUUUCUAGACACUCACUUCUUUUUUUAUUAUUAUUAUUAUUUUUUAUUUUAUUUUUAUUGAAGCAUAAGAAACACAACAUCUUCCAUUCAUAUCAAUCUGCCACAUACUCCUCACAGUGUACACAUUAAAAAAAACAAAAAAAACAAAACACUUUCCAUCAAAACAAGGCUCAGUGAGGCUAAUACAUUUCUGACUUUCUUAGGGAUUAGAAGUGAUUUUUUUUUUAAACAUCCAGAGAGACAGCAGCAUGGACAUGUCUAGCUUUGUAUAAUAUUCAAUAGAAAAGAGAGAAAACGAGCGAUAUUAAUACAGACUGAAAAUAAAAAAAAUAAAAAGGUACAUAUUAAAUCAAAUAGUCUCACAUAAUUUUCCCAUUUUUCCAAAUGUUUGACGAAUAUUUCUAAUUUCAGAUUUGUUAGACACACUUCUUAUGUUGAGUGCAUUACUUAUUGUUUUGUUUUUGUUUGUUUUUUUAAACUAUUGUACCUGAUAAUUCUACGUCUUUAUCAAACUCUCUACAAGUGGUCGUCGGCUCUUAAACUCUUUUGACUCUUCUGUCAGAAAUGCUGCACAAGAAGCACCUUAUUGUUAAAUAUUGUUCUUUCCGCAACAGGGAUUUGGGGCCCCGUGAAAAAAUCACUGUGGGCUCCACCACUUCAAUAGAACACUGUGCAGACAUGGAUCAAUAUUCUGCUUAUAAUAAAUUUUACAGUUUUGUGCAAGAUUGACGAGAGAGAUGCAAACCAGUUCUUUACAUUUUUAUAUUUUUCAUUGAUAACAGUAUUAGCUUUUCUUUUUUAGUUACAUACAAAUGCAAAUAAAAUAUAGUAAAUUUAA